GCGCGAACAUCCUGCCAGGCAGCCAUUAGCGAGAUGGAUUCAAGCUACCACUACAACCUAUCGACGGCUUGUGACAUAAACGUCACCAUUUUCAACAACCUGACAGAGUCCUAUAGCAAGCAGCUAAAUGACACAUCCACCUUGUCCACCUCCUUCAUCAUGUUCGUCCUCACUGCUCUCUUCUUCAACCUCAACCUCUUCAGCGGGCUCUCUCACGUCAGCGCCAUCCUCGACCCCAAGAUCCGCCUCGGCCUCACCUCGGCGCUCUCCCUCUUCCUCCCCGUCAUGUCCUACCUCUUCUCUGAAGCCAAGAAUGGCUCGGAUGUUGGCCCCAAGUCCGAGCUCCCGCUGAGGGCCCGCUUCAUCCUCAUCUGGAUGCUCCUGGUAGAGCUCCUCCGCAAGAAGGUGGAGGUGAUCAAAAUGCAGGGGUACUCCGGCACCAUAGAGCGUGCCGGGCGUGUCCUCUGGCUUGGCAGCCUUGUCUUCUCCAACCUGCAAGAAGCAACCGGCCGAAAGGCGAUGACGGGCAUCCUCUGGCUCCUCUGUGCCACCAAGCUGGUGCAGAGAAUCUCCUUCACUGAGGUGGGGAAACGUUCUCUGGCCUUUGGCAAGAACGCCCGGGUUAUCACCUCCUACAUGGCUCAGGUGCUAGAGAAAGAUCAGCAGGGCCACCGAUUCCGACCAGAAGACCGGGACGAACUGCUGAAGGGAUGCCAGUACGCGGUCAUGGAAGAAGACGAUUUGGUGGUUGAAGCCAUCCCAAGUGGAUACAGGCUCAGAGACGACGCCAACGUCGUCGCCACCGUCGACAAGAUCUGGGGGCUCCUGGAUACUGAUCCUCUCCUCGAUUCUCUCGACCGAGACCAGCGGUUGAGGAUGCUCUGCCUGUCCUUUUCACUCUUCAAGCUGCUUCGCCGGAGGUUCGAGCGCCUGCCGGCAAUGACUCCGGCAGAGACUCGGAACUACCGGGAAGUCAUCCUGAAAGCCCUGUACGACGAAAGCACAAGCGCAGCAGAGGUAAUGUUCCAAGUGACAAACGACGAGCUCAACUUCCUGUGCGAGUAUUACCACUCCGUGGUCCCUGUCGUCUUGGCAAGCCCCUUCUUCUUGCUCGCCAACUACUUCCUCCUCCCACUCGUUGUGUUUGUCAUGUGCCUCGUGGUCAUCGUCCUGUGCAGCAAUGGCGAUGUUCCCUUCGCCUUUCGUAGCAUAAAAGACGACGACUACUUCACUUUCUUCGGCAUCACCCAGAUGACUCCAUGCCUCCGGCAGUUCUUCAAGUCUCCAGUAGUGUUCUUCUGCACCGUCGACUUCUCCAUCACCUCGCUCCUUUUUCUCAUGUUCAUCUACGAGGAGGUAUGGGAGUUCUUCGUCUUCCUCUUCUCCGACUGGUUCCUUGUGUCACUGCUCUGCAAGUACGCAACAAAACCCCAGUGGCACAACAGCCGCGCCUUCGGCCGGUCCAUCCGCUGCAUCUUGUUCGCACGAAGCCUGAUGAGCCGUCCAGGCAUCAGGUUCCACCAGUUCUGCGUGCUCAAGUUUUGCGGCCUGGCGAUGCCAGCCCAGCUCUCGGUGAAGGUGCCGAUCCUGCCGACGAUCCCGGUGCCCAGAGAAGUCAAGCAUUCAGUCAUGGAAUACUUGAGCAAGUUGCACGACCGUGAUGGCAACCACACCUCUCUGACUCUCAGCAAUGGGAGGCUCGCACUCGCAGGCCAUCCGGAGCUCUCGCAGUUCUGCGAGAGCGAUAGCGUCGCUGAGGUCAUCCUCACCUGGCAUAUCGCCACCAGCCUCCUGGAGGUGAAGCAUCCACCUCAGGGUAAGAACAACGUGGCGACGAGCCUGUCCAAGUACUGCGCUUACUUGGUGGCCUUCCACCCGGAGCUGCUCCCGGACAACCAGGACAGCGCGGAGCUCGUGUUCAAGGGCAUGAAGGCCGAGUUGUAUGACCUCCUUGGGUUCUGGGACUACUUUCUCUCGUCGUGCGCGCGCACCCGACACCGCAAGAUCAUGGCCAGCAGUCCGGCAGAAGCCGCCGCGGCGGCGACGACGGUGGUGCAGAAGGGUGCGGCGCUGGGCCGGAUACUUGAGAGGAAAGCUGCGCAUCCUGGGGAGGGCGUGUGGAAGGUGCUGGCCAAUCUUUGGGUCGAGCUCUUUGUCUACAUUGCACCGUCGAGCAACGAGGAGUGCGUGGCCGGGCAUGAGAAUGUGCUGGCGAAGGGCGGCGAGUUCAUCACUGUGCUUUGGGCGAUGGCCACACAUGCCGGGAUAAGCCGCCCGGCCGACGCACCGCCGGUGGAAGUCGCGAUCGAACGCAUCAUGGGAACAACGCGUGAUGUUUCUGUGUAAACGAGAGGAUCCCGGUUCAUCUCCAACUAUGAUUAUAUUGUUGUGCUAUGUUUGGCUUGGUUUGGUGUGCGGUAGCCUCACAAAAGUUUGAUUGUUGCUCACGACUAAACGUGUAUGGCUCAUCGAGUUUCAUCGAGGUUGCUUCUUGUGCA